UAUGAUUCAACCUGAAAAAGAACUAAACUCAUUCAAACUAAAACAAGAAGAAAUAGGAAUUCGACAUAAUAUACAAAGCUCUAGAAAUAUCGAACCGGAUCUGAAUUCUAAAUCAUUGCAAGUAAAAUCAAGUUUGGACAGCAUAAAGAACUGCUUGUCAAAUCCAAAUUUAUGAAGUAUUUUCAGUAGCAAUAGUCCCUCAAAUCCUAGAAGACAGACUUACGACCAAAGUGAUAGGAACCAUAUCACCAUUCCAGCUCGGAAAUAAACAGUCAAAGGAAGAUCCUCAUUGCGAGGAAUACACUAAACAUAUCAUCCAGAGGCAGAACUACAACAUGGAGGCUUGCUACCAGCGAUAUGAAGAACAACAGAGGUCGAAAGAGAGGUUCAUUCAGAACUAUGAGAAAUACAACACGUUUGUAUAAACACAAAGAAAACUAAGCCUGCAAGUGAGCUAUCUAAGUAUUUUACCCCAAGAGAGUCUAGAGAAGGCGUCAAGGAAUUUGUCCCUCCCAUUAUAGAGGAAAUGAAACUUUCUCAGUUUUUACUUAGCCCAAAAGGAUUACCACAAGAUAGAAGGUGUAAUACAUCCAGGAAUGCACAGAUGGCAGAACUUCAGAGCAGGCUGAUGCUUAACUCUGAGUCAGCUAAGAAGACUAACCAGAAUUCGAGGAUCCCACAAUUUAGAAGUAUAAAUAAUGAUAAAAUAUACGUGAAAGUCGAAGAUUAUUGUGUCUCUAAUACAACAAGUUUUAGCUCUAUUGAUGAAAGACAAUUUCAAAAUGUGGUAGAAGGAUUUAAGCACACACAAAAGUGGACUAAGACCAAAAGGGCUCAGUGUAAAAGUGAUUGAGACACAUAUCAUAAACCUGAUACAAAGCCAGUUACAGUGAAAAGAUCGGCUCUUGGAGAAAUUGGCAUUGAUUCUAACAGAUCUAAUAAGAAGAAUCCGCAUCCUCAACUUAAAGAAGUUCGAAAACAAAGAAUAAAGAAUGAAUGAUCUGAAUAUUUACAAUCAACUAUAUUAUCAAAGUUGAGAGAUACAAGAAGGCAGAUUAUGAAUGCAAAGAUUGAAAUGAGGAAAGAGUCAAGUUCAAUAAUAUCAACUAGAUCAGCAAAGGAGAACAUGCGCCCUGUUUCUAAUCGCUGAAAGACCUCAUGCAACACACGUUCUGUAGAGAAGGAAUAUUGUAAAGCUAUAAGGAAUAUUAAGAAUUCUACAUUAUCAAUGGUUAAUAAUGUCACUCAUCGAUCAAGAUCAGCUAAUUCUGUUGCUAGAGCAAAGAGCAAAACUAAUAAAAACCAUAAAAAGCGUGGAACAAAGCUUAAUAGCUUAGCUAGGAAAGUAUCACAAACUAGUGAGUCAAGAAGUAAAUCUAAGGUUACUUCAUCAGCUCAGUCAAAUGUGCCUCUAAAAUCAUGACGGUCAAAAAGUUCGUUGUCCAGAUAUAACAGGUCUGUUAAUAAGACCAUCAAAAGGUUCAGUAAAAAGUUUAGUCAAGUAGAGAUGAGAGCAAAUUCAAAGGAAUCUGACCAGAGGAAGUCCAGAUGGAUGACUUAA